AAGCCAAGCCAGAGUCCCUUCAGCGUAAAAAAAAAAAAAAAAAAAACAGCGUGUAUGUGCGCAUUACUGUUUUCUUUUUUAAAAACCGGAAGUGUCUCCUUGUGCGCCUGUUUUCUGAUUUGACACCAAGCUUCGUUACGCACCGGAGUCGCGCACAUCAAGACGCAAUUGGAGUCGCGCACUUAACCCACAUGCCAGCAACAAAUUUUCUCCCACGCAGACACAACUAACCCGUUUUUUUUUUUAAUUACAGGAUUGACGCAAACAUAUUAAAGUCUGCUCUUUUUUUCUAUGAAGAAUGGGUUGCGCAAUAUCAGGUCUGGCGGCAAAAGCGGAGUUUGGAGAGAGGAAUACAGAUGCCGCUGCUCCUGCCGCUCCUGUUCAUCCCACCGAGGCUCAGAUACAGAUGAUCAAGGACUCAUGGAAAGUUAUCCGGGACGACAUAGCCAAAGUUGGGAUUAUUAUGUUCGUCAGGUUGUUUGAGACCCAUCCUGAAUGUAAGGACGUCUUCUUCCUGUUCCGGGAUGUGGAGGACCUGGAGAGAUUGCGGACCAGCCGAGAGCUCCGAGCCCACGGCCUACGGGUGAUGUCUUUCAUUGAGAAAAGUGUAGCUAGACUGGACCAUCUGGAGCGACUGGAGGCUCUGGCGCUGGAGCUGGGGAAAAGCCAUUAUCAUUACAAUGCUCCGCCUAAGUACUACAGUUAUGUCGGAACAGAAUUCAUCAGUGCCGUGCAGCCCAUCCUGAAGGAGAGGUGGACGUCUGAGUUGGAGGAAGCGUGGAAGACCAUGUUCCAGUAUGUGACCAGCCUAAUGAAGCAGGGAUACCAGGAAGAGAGCAACCGACAGCGGCAACUGGCAGUCUCCCCAAAGGAACGACUGGACAAAAGGAACACGGCACUAUGAGUGGCUUCCCCUGACCUCCACUCAGACUGUUUUUACAUGUACAGAACAGAAAUGUGUGUAUGUACAUAGUGUAUUUACUGUCCUGUUUUCUACAUUGUUUGCCGUUUCAUCAGAAUGGACACAAACAGUGCAGUGACUUUUAACAAAGCACUUUAUUUCUGAACGUAAAUUCUGCUCUGCGGUCCUUUGCCGUGACAUUAGGACUGAGUGGCAAAAAGAGACCCGACAAAUAGCUGACAAAAUACGCUGCCGUGUAUUGUGAUAAACAGAGGUGGCAUUAUUAUUUCAGCCAAUGCUCUGUCUUUGUUACUCAAAACAUGCCUUUCGACAAUUCAAAAACUGUUCAUUGUAUUCCGUUUAAACCAAUCACACCAUUUGCAAAAUGUCAACUAUUCACAUUUGAUGAAGCUACAUGGUGCAUUUUAUUGGUGUUUUACAACUUAAAGAGACUUUUAGACUUUAGAAGCAUCUGUAGUUAAAAAAAACACAAGGGGGAACAUUACUAUAUGUUGUAUUUCAAUAAGUAAAAUAAAAACACUAAAUAAAUGUAAUCUCCAAUGUUGGUCUAAGUCAAACACAGUGAAGUUACAU